UCUUGGAUGAAGCUACUUUAGGAUUGCUUAUACUAGUUAACGUGUUCCUAUGGAUACAAGGAAUAAUAUUCACAGCAGUUGAAUGUAUGCUUUUAAUGAAAAGUGCCCCUAGCGGACUUUGUCACAAAGUCUUCAUAAAAUGUGUUUACAUUAGCAUCGGAUUGUACAUCAUCGCUAGUUUUGUGAUGUUGGCAGCAUGUGUUAGAUUUGCUGCAAUCUUCCCAAUGAAGAAGAUAGGUUAUGCUUUCUUCCACAACAUGGCGAUAUUUUGUUUUAUUUGGCUUGUGGUUUUGAUAUUCAUUUGCGAUCACAUCUGCAAAAGAAGGAGAGAUGAAAAUGUUUUUCACACUCUAGUUUGUGGGCUUCGUGAGUACAACGAUGAUUUUACACUGCUGUGAUAAAACGAAUUCAAUUCAUCUCCGCUGAACAUACUUUAAACAUGUUUAUUGUACAUCAACGUGUCACUUUCAGCUUUUCCGCAAAGUCAUCUCCAGUCAAUGGGUUUUGGACUGUUGACAAAAAAUAGACAUAUCGAGAGCGAAGACAUUUGAUAUUUCAAAUGAAUUGUAUUACACAUAUCUUAACAGAAGUAUAAAUAAAAGGAAGUCAGCUGAUAACAACAAAGCGCUACCUUGUUUAAUCAAUGCAAGUGUGUCUUUCUUGGUGUUGAUCCUAGAUCAAGAUGGAGUUGUCCAGAGAGCAUAAAAAUGUGAAAGAAUACAACAAACAGUGUCCGGUUCAUGUAGCUUAAGACAAGUGUUCGAAAUUGCAUAUACUUCAAAGGAUACCGUAUCAGAUGAAUAUAUUCACAGCCUUUCUGAGUAUCACCUAAAUAUAAACGACUGCAUAAUUUUAAGCUUACAGUGAAUUACAACAAACACUUGACGUCUUCAACAGAUAGAUUUAUUUGCUUUACCUUGCAGAUAUAUAUUAUCAUACAAAUAAAUAUGAUGUAAGUAGUUAAGAUGGUGUAUGACUCUUUUUAAAAUGUUUUUUACUUAAAUCUUCAAAGCUUUGCAUAUUUUGUAUUUGUAUAUAGAAUUUUUAAUACCCUAAAUAGAUAAGCAAAUGUAAUUAAAGUUCAAAUAACAAAACACACGAUAAAAGAAAUUGACCUGGAGUCAAAACUUCUGCUCUUUUGGGCACAGUAUAGGCAUCAUUAUGUGCUGAGCUUGUUCCUUCGUCAGGGAGAGCUGAACCGUGUGGAACGCAAUGUUCGCCCAUGAAUAUGUUCUCUAGGGCAAGACGAUUUCUUACGUUAUGAACACAAAAAUACUGUUCUAUUCAUCUCUUAUGAGUUCCAAGUGUUUAGGAAUAACGUGUGUUCUUGCUAGUUAAAUUUAGAACAAACCUUAAGUGUGUACAAUAUGGACGGAGUACGUCUGCACGUUUGGAUUAAAACCUUUUCAUCAAAGCAGAAUUUGGUUAAGCCCUUAUUUUUCAAACUUCAGAAUAUACUAUAGAAAAUCGGCAAAUAAAAAAGAUAGGGUUAUGUGCUUGAUAUUUAGCUAGACUGAUUUGAAACAUUUCGAUCUUACCAGGCGUCUAUUGGAAAAUCACAAUUUUGAUAACAUUUUCGCGAAUAUUUUUUUUCUACACUAUAGAUGUUAAUGAAACGUCUCAUAGUCAUGAAUAAACAUAUUAUCUAUAAUAUGGUGACAUGAACUGUAUAGGUCCGUGUGCUUGUUUUCAAACUGUAGAGAUUGCACAUUACACGCUGAUUUUACGACAUUAUUUGGAAUUAUUUAGCGUGUCAAAUGUUUAAAUAUAAUAUUCAACUGUUUGAAAUAUAGUAAUUUUGACGAUUAUAAGGUACUGGACCCCUAAUAGUAAUGUUUAAAAAAUGGUUUUUGCUAGGUAUAUGCUUAAAGUUGAUUGUGUUUUGCAUUGUGCUGCAGUUUUUAAACAACAUUUACCGUGCCGUUUUUUAUAAUGUUUGUAUAAUUUAUGAUAGCUCCUUAAGCUCAAGUAGAGACGAAUUGCAAAGUGAUGGCCACUGUCCAAAACCUUUGCAGAGAAUUUAUUAUACCAUUAAGUUCAAUAAAAGAAACACCAAACUAUUGGUAAACAAUACCAAAACACAAAAUAAAACUGUCAAUAUUUUUUCUACGAUGCCUCAAAUAAACGGAUUUAAUGAGACAGAAUUCUAACUCCAACAUUGAAAAAAUAUGGUGGAGACCUGUGGGACAGAUUUAAAUUUUACUCACUUUAUUCAAAAAUAAUCUUGAAGCAGAAGUAAACCUACCUACAUUUCUUCCAUAUAUUUAAUCUUAAGAGUAAAGGUAAAAUAGAGAACUUUUACCGCAUGUAACUCAGUAUUUUAAAGAUGUUUAACUCUGCCCCUUCUGUUUCAGAGGUGUUUCACUUUGAACAGCAAAAAAUUGCAGAUCAGAUGGAAAAGUUCCACUUUUGUACAAUAAAUCAAUAACAAGUCUUGAAAAAAGUAAAAACGUUCUAGGAUAAAAAGGAAAAUAAGGGAAAAAAAUUGGUCCCAGUUGGGCUUGAACCUACACCCCCGGAAAAUUUUCAGUCAAAGUAGGUUUAUUUUAGGUAUUUAAUACUCUUCAAAAAGGAGGUACUCUAUUACGGGUCUAGUACCAUAAUAAAUUUACUCAUGACUUGCCAAUAAUUCAUUAAACAAUUUUCAUUUCCGUAUACCGAGUCAAGGCUUUAUUCCACGUUUUACGGAUAUAACGUUACCCCAUUACUUUCGUUUUUUUUUCAAACGUGCAGAAAUAGCAUAAACAACAUGAUACAGAUAAAGUUGUUUCCUCGUUGUAAACUUCUACAUGUAGAUACACAUAAAAGUUUCAAAACUAAAACCAUUAUUUAUCUAUCUAAACAUGAAAAAAUUCCAAGUAAAAUUAAAUGUAAAAUUCAUUGUCAAUCUUAGUCGACAUAAAUACGCUUAAUCAAACUAAGCCGGCAACAUGUGGGUUACCAGUUUUUUCAAUUUUAAGAAUCGGAGCAAUUAACAAAUUUCAUUUUGUUCUUAACUGGCUUAGUCCUAAUGAUGGUUUUAAAACAAUGGAUAGACUCUUCUCCGAAGCUUGUUCAUUCUACAUAUAUUUUCCUGUUUGCUUUCUAAGUUUUAGUUUCAUAUUUUCAAGCUUCCUUGCCUAAAGUAUCAAGGUACUGUUUUGUUACAGAACUCAUUUUUAUCCUCUCAUAAUCAUAGCUGUCUUCGGAACUUUGCAUAGAUUUUAAACAUGUUGUCAGAGAUUUAAGAUCGGGCAACAGACAUAGUUUGGAGAAACUAAACGCAGGUGUUCUCAAAAUACUUGGAAACUCUAAUACAUUUUCGUAUUUACACAUUUUUUCUAGAACCUGCAGCACACACGGUCCUAUGUUUCCUGUUUCAUGGUUUGUACAUUCGUCAUGAUGAUAGAUCAUCAUGGUUUUUAUCAUGUAUGAAGUAUAUCCUGUACCUAUCUUGUCCGCUUUUUCAAAUGUGUCUAUGAACUGGUCUAAAGUGGCAUGGUCUUCGUGCCCGUUAAUUAGAAACUUCAAGAUCCUAUACACUGCUUUAUGCUUCAAAGACAAAAUAUUCUUUACAAAGUGAACUUCAGUUUCUGUCAGUGAUAAAUCUUGUCGUACACUUAAAAUGUUCUUCCUGACAGAAACCGAUUCUUUUUUAAAUGCUUUUGGCUUAACAUGUGCACCUACAUAUGCAAAGUACCAGCCCGGAUCGUCAGUUGUAGCAGUAACUUUGUAAGCGGGAACAAGAUCAACAUGGAUAUAUCUUUCGCCUCCUGAACCAUUGUUGUAUAUAAAUCUUAGCAUGUAUGCUGGACCAUGUCUAUUCAUAUACCUAUCGAAAUAUAGUUUCCUUUCGUUACGCGAUAUGUUGGUAGAAGGAGUAUAUA